AUGAAUUUUUGGUCUGCUAUUUUCUCUUGUAUCUUGAAUAUUAUUGGACGAUUGAAGAUGGUUGUCUAAACUCUAAUGUGCUGAUUGGUUGAAGAAGAGAAAUUGCGCAGAAGUAAAGAAAACGAAAAAGAGACAAUAAUAAAAAACUAUGGAAAUUUCAACAAUGGAGGAUGCAUUCACGAUAUUAAAACCAUUGUGUGACAAUUUGUUAAAUUAUCCAAAUAUUGAAAAUACUAUUGGAGUUACAAAAGUUGUAGAAAAAUGUUCAAAUGCAGUAUUGCAAAAUUUAGUGGAAUAUGUUAUGAUUCCUGUUACAAUGCAUUUGUUUAAUAAGGAUAUAAGUAAAGACAUAAAACAACAUUUAUUGGAGACAAUGAGAAUAGUAAUUUCGAAAACAAGAAUUCUGAAAAUAGAAAUUUUAAAUCAUUAUUUCGUUUGUAUUAUUAGUCAAAUUUUUACUCCUACAAAGACUGAGAUGCUAACUUCUUUCCAUGAAGAGUUAAAGGAAAGUACAAUUUUGUGUAUGAAAUGUUUAAUAGAACGUUGUACAACUGAUGUUUUGGAAUUAUUUUAUACACCGAAAAAUGUACCUAAAUUAAGUAAUGGAGUAUUUUUAUGCAUUUUAAUUGCAAGAACUGAAAAAUCAAAAUCUCUAAGAAUUGCCGCUAUAGAAACAUUAAUGUCUCUGUUACAAAUACAUGACGCAUCAGAUGAUAAAGAUGUAGUUUUUCGCUCGCAAGUGGCAGAUUCAGUAAUGGUCAUUUUACCAGGCGUUUCAAGUGGAUUAUUAGAAGUUGCCACUGGUAGUGAUGUUCAAGGACACAAACUUACCCUGAUUGCAAUCAGAUCUUGGAGUAGAAUUAUUGCACUAGUGAUGGAGGAUUCCAUAGAAUUGGAAAUGGAACCACUUUUGGAUACAAUUUGUAAAAAGAAUGAAAUUUCCACCACACAAUUUCAGAAAUCUUUGAAAUUCCAAAAAUCAGAAGAUAUGAAAAAAUAUAUAGAAUCCGCUAAGAGAACACCAGAAUGGUUUCAAUUCGCAAGUGAUAAGCUGAAUAUUCUUAUGAACGAAUUGAAUAAUCUAGCGUCUCAUUCUCAUUUCAAAGUACGAAAAGAAUUAGCUGUGGGAAUUAGUUUAUUACUCACGAAAUGUCCGAGAAACAUGAAACCAUCAUUUUCGAAAUUAAUAGAAAUCUUAAUAACAUUGUCUGAGGAUGAAUCUGAAGAUGUUGCGGAAAUAGCUAAAUUUGGAUUAAAUUCUAUAAGUUCUAAAUGUUCCCAAGAAAAGGGGAUGAAGUCUUUGGUUGAAUUGUUCGAAGAUAAUUUUUACAAGUUACUCACAACGCUUCCUAGAAUUAUGAGAACAGCUGAUGACUCGAUGCAGCUUUCUUAUUUGAAUCAAUUAGCUGCAUAUUUACGAUUGCUGGGAAAACAAAGAUUACCUCAAGUUAUGUUGUCAUCUGUUCAUUUGCAAAGAUUGAUUCUUGCGUUAGUUUACGUCACCGAAAUUGAAUGCAGUGGAAUUUCAAUUUUAGAAGAUUUCUCGACAAAACAUGUUGAUGAUAUUCACUAUUCAAAUAGUCAGUCGUGGAGACAGUUUAAAUUCAUCAACAGUUCAUCUGCUGAAAAGAAACUUAUGGUCAUUUGUGAAUUGCUGGGUGAACUUGGCGAUUUUGAAAUUUUAGUUGAUACAAUUUUGAAAUUGAUGUUUGAUAUGCCACAAUAUAUAAAAGAAUUAACUUUGUUACUCAACUGGAUAGUCCAAGAUCCAGAUCCAAAUCCAGAAAAAAUGUUACUUUAUAGGCAAAUAAUUGAUCAGUAUAUAACUUCAGAUUUUUGGUACUUGCCAUUAGAAGUCUCGAAAGAUACUAAUUUACGAGAAGUACAAAGUAAUCUCAUACAAUGUUGUUUACUAGUCGAGGGUUUAGGAAAUAUAGCGGAAAUUUUAAAGAAAGAUUAUGAUGAGUUUUUGCUCAAAACUCUUUAUUUCGUUCUGGAACGUGCAGGAAGUGGGCACAGUUUGUUAAGAACAGUGGGACUUGAGGCACUAGAAAAAAUAACAAAAUCACAAUACAAUUCGAUUGGGGAACUUUUGAGAAAAAAUGUCGAUUACAUUUCAUAUCAUGUUACAUUGAAAUUGCGCCGAGUGAAAAGAAAUCCUGGGGUUCUUGAUGUUCUUGGAGUGGUGAUGGAAUUCAGUACAAUGGACUUUUUGCCAUGUUUAAAAGAAAUUGUCAACGAUGUUCUCAGACAGUCGAAUGUAAAAAUACAAAAAGACAAUAUUGACUCGUUUUUAAGAGUUUUUUACACGUUUACAAAAUGUGUGAAGAGAUUAACAUUAGGAGAUGAAAUAAAAUUAAAGGAGGAAAACGAUUUAAAUAAUAAUCCUAAAGAAAGAAUCAUUCAUGAAUUAAUAGAAUACAAAAAAUUGAAGGAAUUGACAAAUCUCGAGAAUAUUGAUGAUGAAAAUGAAAAACCAGUCAGCAUUGAAGAAAUCGAAGAAGAAAUGAAGAGUUCUGCUUAUGAUUAUGUUGAAGAAGAAAAAAAAGAAGAAAAAAUUCCAGAAUAUGUGAAAAUGAUAGAAGAGGUAAUGAGACGUUGUUUACAUUUUUUGCCAAGCAAAGAUUUGACAAUUUCAACACGAGCUAUUACAACUUUAAAUGAAGGAUUUUUUAUAUUAGCAAAUUGGGAAAAUCAACUUUUACCAAUUGUUCAUGAAACGUGGCAUCCAUUGGUUGAACGAUUCCGCGAUCCAAAUCCAAUUGUUAUCAAUCGAGCUUGGCAACUUUUUAUGACUCUCGCGCAUGUCUCGAAAGAUUUUAUUCGAGCCAGAACUUUAAAAAAAGUAUUGCCGUCAUUAUCAGAAUUUUUAAGCAAGUCGUCUAAAGAAAGUUAUAAAAAGGACUCGGGCAGUAUGUAUAAAUUUACACAAAUGUUUAAACUACAAAAGGAACUACUCAUGCAAUUGGGUCAAGUAGCGAAAGAUUUACAAUUGCAAGAGCGACAAUUGUGGGAAAUUCUUGGAAUUUGCGAAUCGUAUUUGAGUUCUUUGCAAAAUAAAUUUUUACAGGAAAGUUGUGUGACUUUGUAUCAGGAAAUUGCGGAUUAUAAUAGUGAUAUCGUUUGGACUAAGUGUCUCGCAAUGUGGAAUAAACAUGUGGAUCGAAUGGAAACCAAUUCUUUUGAAGCGUGGUACAAGAAGAUUGAUCAAUUGGAAACGCAAAAUGAGUAUCAGAGAAAUCUUCAAACAAUUUUGAAAUAUAUAAAACAGAAAAAUAUUCUUUAAAAGGUAAAUUGUUUAUUAAACUAAUAUAUUCGUUAUGUAGUUUUUUACUUUUAUUUCAUUAGGUUUUGUACUUUUUCAUAACCGCAGCAUAAAAUAUAUUUUGAUAUAAUA